AGGGUCUGUAAGUCUCGUUUGCUUUCACUUUCGUUUCACGACUUCCGGGUACAUCAGCGUUCGUAGUAACAAUAUGGUGUAUUGUUUUGCAAUCGGUUGCACGCAUCGCACAGGGGGAAAACAGACGUGCAGUUUAUUCCGAUUCCCAACAGACACAAAAGAACGGAAAAAAUGGAUUGACAGAUGCAGACGGGCAGACAGGGAGUACAACUCAAAUGACAGGCUCUGCAGCUGCCACUUCACAGAUGGAAAGAGGGAAUUUGGGCCCACAAUUUUUGCAUAUAGCAAGAAUGUGGGGUAUUUUCCUGAAAUAAACACUCCAAAGAGGAAAAAGUUGGAUAGUGUAGCAUCAUCCUCCUCCCAUCCAAUACAAAAUGACAUGACUCUUGCUGUCAGGACGCACCAUUCUGUUACAGAUCACGAUUAUUGCAGCAGUACCGAACAAACAGACACAAAAGAUCAUUCUAAAGAAGUGUCAGCCUUGGAAAAACAGAUUGCCAAUUUGCAAGAAGAAAUCAGGGAUCUAAAAUUGCAGAAGCCAAAGAUGUCAAUAAAAGACAUCAUAAAUGACACUGAAAAGGUAAGUUGCACAGAAGGAGCAAAUGUAUUUUCUAUUCAAUACAGUUUAAAUAACACUGAAGUGUUUUUACAAACUUCAUAUAGUAAUACAUUCUUUUUUCUUUAA